AUGGGCAACAACUCCUUGGAGAGUCGCAUAGCAAGGCUUGUCCACUCGCAUUUUGACGCCCUACCGAAACGCAGCAAACCAACAAUCCAUCCUGAUGGAUCGAGGCAAUGGGUACCCCUGAGCGGUAUUGUAUUUGCCAUCGGGGAGAAUACACAGGAUGAGAUUUUAACUUGUGUAGCUAUCGCAACGGGGGCGAAAUGCCUCUCAUCUUCUCAAAUGAAACAAUGCCGCGGCAUGGUACUGCAUGAUAGCCACGCUGAAAUCUUAGCGAUUCGGGCUUUCAACCACUGGCUGCUUGAAGAAUGCAAAUCCCUGCUUCAACAGAGGCCAACGAGGCCAGCGGCAACUAUGGCGCGGGGGCAUAUCGAGUCCACGAAAGGAUGUCUGAUAAGCAAGCAUCGGUGUUCAUAA